GGACGCUCAAGCUCGCGACGGGCCUCCCUCCCUCUCUCCCGCCGCCGCCGCCGCCAUUUCCAGUAGCUUCUAGCAAUGGCAGAAUCUGUGGGAAGAGGAUAUGAACAGUCGAGCUAAGUGUGGGAAUGGCCAUUGUGAUGUAGUGAAAGGCAGCACAGAAACACAUAUUACUUACAAGACCUUAUGCUCCAUUGUGAAUGCCUGGGAUACUCUUCUGACUUGUGAGGUGUCCUUUUUAUUGAAAAUUUGUCUCCUGCACUGAUAUUACUUAAGACACCGUGUGCAUUUUCUGAGCAUUGUGUGGAACAAUGGGGAUUGGCAAGAACACCACUUCUAAAUCAGUAGAAACUGGAAGUCCAACAGAGGGCAAAUAUGAGGACGAAUCCAAAUGUCCUACUUUCUUCACAUUACCGGUUGUAAUAAAUGGUGGAGCAGCAUCAAGUGGUGAUCAGGAUACGGAAGACACAGAACUUAUGGCUAUCUAUACUACAGAAAAUGGAAUUGCAGAAAAGAGUUCUCUGGCAGAGACACUUGACAGCAGUGGAAGCUCAGAUGCACAAAGAACGGACAUGAUAUAUACAAUUGAGGAUGUUCCUCCCUGGUACCUCUGCAUAUUCCUGGGGUUACAGCACUACCUGACCUGUUUCAGUGGAACUAUAGCGGUGCCCUUCUUGCUAGCAGAUGCCAUGUGUGUUGGAUUUGACCAGUGGGCUACCAGCCAGCUGAUUGGGACCAUAUUCUUUUGUGUUGGAAUCACGACUUUGUUACAAACAACGUUUGGGUGCAGGUUACCUUUGUUCCAAGCCAGCGCUUUUGCAUUCUUGGCUCCUGCCAGAGCUAUUCUCUCCUUGGAUAAAUGGGAAUGCAAUAACACCGCUAUAAUGGUUCCAAAUGUCACGACGGAGCUGCUGCACACAGAACAUAUCUGGUACCCCAGGAUACGAGAGAUCCAAGGUGCUAUUAUCAUGUCGUCUUUGAUAGAAGUGGUGAUUGGUUUCCUGGGCCUGCCAGGCGCACUCCUCAAAUACAUUGGGCCUCUGACGAUUACACCAACUGUGGCUCUCAUUGGGCUUUCUGGUUUCCAGGUUGCUGGGGAAAGAGCGGGCAAACACUGGGGCAUAGCGAUGCUGACUAUUUUCUUAGUGCUGUUGUUUUCUCAGUAUGCCCGAAAUGUCAAAUUCCCUUUACCAAUCUACAAAUCCAAAAAAGGAUGGACUGCAUACCGGUUGCAACUUUUUAAAAUGUUUCCUAUAAUUUUAGCCAUUCUGGUGUCAUGGUUCCUGUGCUUCAUCUUCACUGUGACAGAUGUCUUUCCACCUGAUAGCACAAAGUAUGGAUUCUAUGCGCGAACCGAUGCUCGGCAAGGGGUUCUUUUGGUAGCACCCUGGUUCAAGGUCCCUUAUCCAUUUCAGUGGGGAUUGCCAACGGUUUCAGCUGCGGGCGUAAUUGGAAUGCUCAGUGCAGUGGUUGCUAGUAUCAUCGAAUCAAUUGGCGAUUAUUAUGCCUGUGCAAGGUUAUCUUGUGCGCCGCCGCCACCAAUCCAUGCAAUAAACAGAGGCAUUUUCAUAGAAGGCCUUUCCUGCGUAUUGGAUGGAGUGUUUGGCACUGGGAACGGAUCCACUUCUUCUAGCCCUAAUAUUGGAGUCUUGGGGAUUACAAAGGUUGGAAGUCGGCGUGUUAUUCAGUAUGGAGCUGCGCUCAUGUUGCUGCUUGGAAUGGUUGGCAAAUUCAGCGCCUUGUUUGCAUCCCUCCCGGAUCCAGUGCUUGGCGCUCUUUUCUGUACUCUCUUCGGGAUGAUUACUGCAGUCGGACUUUCCAACCUGCAGUUCAUAGAUUUGAAUUCUUCACGGAACCUUUUUGUACUUGGAUUUUCCAUCUUCUUUGGACUGGUCCUGCCAAGUUACCUCCGACAAAACCCACUUGACACAGGAAUAACCAGCAUUGAUCCUGUACUCAACGUUCUUCUCACUACAGCCAUGUUUGUUGGGGGUUGUGUAGCGUUUAUUUUGGAUAACACAAUUCCAGGAAGCCCAGAGGAAAGAGGAAUCCGGAAAUGGAAGAAAGGAGUGGGCAAAGGCAGCAAGGCCAUGGAUGGCAUGGAAACCUACGACUUGCCUUUCGGCAUGGAAAUGGUGAAGAAGUACAAAUGCUUCAGUUUAUUACCCAUCAGCCCCACCUUCAUCGGCUACACGUGGAAAGGCUUCAGGAAAAACAGCAGCUGCAGGAGUUCAGAGGAAGACUCUGAGGCUGCCGUAUAGCCCUGGCCGAAACCUCCGUCUUCUAGCUGUAGUAACAGACACAUCUGCAGUUCCUUGCUAUUUUAUUUUAUUUUUUGUAUAUCUGCAUUUUAAAUUCUGGAACAGAGCCGAGACAGAUUAUAAAAAUAGCUUUCCUAUUGUGGAUGGUGAUAGCUAUCUAUAAUGUCUCUCUAGUUAACAUGAUGGUGUAUGUUUUUUAAAGCUGUUAGAUCUGCUUAUCCUGACUUUGGCCCAGCUGCUCUUCUGGUGAAAAUUUAAAUCCAGAUCCUAAAUUGGUAAAUAACACAUAUGUAAACACAGCACUCAAACAGGCUGUAUCUUUCCCAUAUAAAGCUAAAUACAUUCCAUUUUUAAGAAAUCCCCCCAGAAGCCUUCAAAGACUUGUUUAUAUUAUUCUGGCAAAUUAUAGCGGGACUUUCUGUUCUAGGCAGUGCUUUCUAAACUGCCCAGUACUGAGUAUGGAAUUGCUGUACUGAAAAGCGGUGCCUUUGCAAACGUUUCUGCCCCAUAGAAAUUGACAUUGAUCUGGAGAGCUCAAAUUCCCCUAGCACAGCAGCUGUGGCGAUGGGGCAGAGUGGGGUAGGUUGCCAUCAAAUUACACAUCCCUUUACUGAAGUUAGAAUGCUUAAGCAGUUCAUCGUCUUGCAUACCUGCAAGUCGGCUCUUACAUAAUAAUAUAAUAAUAAUGAUGAUGAUGAUGAUGCACCUAAAUUGGCUAGUCCUCAAUGGAUUAUUUCAGUAGCAUGCUCCAGAUUUGUGCCGAUCUGUGUUCAGACAUUUCUGCCAGUCCCCAAAGCGGCCUACAGUUGAUGUUGCCUUCUCAUACUCCUCCUUUUCCAAGCGGAAAACAGGACCUACUUUACAAAUGGGAGAGACACUAUGCAUGGCAUCCCUGUCUGCUGGAUGGUUUAACGGGUAUUGGGAGCCCACUGCGGGUGCCAUUUAGACUUUCUACUUUUUUUUUCCUGUACUCGUCUUGGCUCUGACAUUAUGUGGAUGUUUGUGCUCACCAUGCAUUCAUAGUUAUAAAAAAAUAUUUCUGUUUAAUGUUCUUACUGUUGCAAGUUAGUUUUUAGAUGUGUUGGUGGUGGGGUUCUUUCCUUCCCCCUCCCCCCAAUGUGGCCCGAAAGGCUUUUUUUAAGACGUGGAAAGAUUUGUCAGAGAGGUAUUAGGGUAAGUGUUCUCUCAAGGCCAGUAUGCUCUAUGGUGCUGCUUGCAUUUCAUUUUUCUAAAAAGCAGAUACUGUAAAUCGUUGGUCAGUUACUCAAGCAAGUCUACUAGAGAGGCGCAAAACAGCCCUUGCUUAUCUCUGAGGCUUUUAGGAUUUGGGAAAGUCAAAAGGAGUCUUGAUGUAUCAGUAUUGAAUAGUGCAGGAGAAAAGCAAAUCCAUGGAUGGUGGAUGUUCCCUGCCAUUUCUGCAGCAUUUUCCUUGUACAGUUUUUACACAUAAAGAUUAUUUCCCCUCUGUGAUCUUUCCUUGGAAAGUUUUCAGCGGUUUGCUGCCUUGAAGUCAAAUGAGGUAUGGAAACCAGCCAAUAAUAAUAAUAUUUUUUUAAUUUAACAAAAGGUUAAGUCAGGGCUGAUACUCAGUCACUCGAGGACAUGAGGCCUCCCACGCCCUUGAGGAAUAUAUGACACUAAGGCUGCAAACCUGGGUACCCUUACUUGGGAGUAAAUCCCCCUGAAUUCAGUGGGAGUUACUCAGCAUACAAGGGAAGGACUUGCAUGCUUGUUUUCCAUCCUAUAUUUCAUGUACAACCGAAGAAAAAUGUAGGUGGAAAGUUAUAAUCAUGUAAAUGCCAAAGCCAACUUGUUCUGCACACAUUAGAGAAGCAAAAGUGGUGUGUUCAUAAUAUUGGCAGAAUUUAACACAUUCUUGUUUUGAUCAUAGCCUCUUUUUUCUCUCCCUUUCCCCCCCUUUUUGGUUGCUAAAGUGCCAGUUGCUUCUUAAAGUAGAACUGAGAUGUCACUAAACUACAGUUUUCACAGUCUUUCACAACUCAGUUUGCUUCAGCCAGCAUAUGGAUCAGCAAGUCCCCAGGUGAUGGUGCCCAGCAGAAUAGGCCAGCAUUGUGGCUGCUGGGACUUGUGCCCUGAGUACGUCACCAACUCUGGCAAGGAAAUCACCUGACUCUGUUAUUACGGAACUUAUCUUCAGGUGAAAUGAAACGUCACAGAAGUGAGAAAAAACGUACUCCCAGGUGAUUCUCACUUCUUGUCUCACUUCUGCCGUAACAUAUACUCAGGUGCAAAUACUUGUUCUCCCUCCCUCCUAAGAUGUAGUUUUUAAAAAUUCAAAUUAUGUAAAAAAUGGUUUCCUAAAGUCUUGGCGAACUUGAAAGUCUUUCUACUGUAUUAGCUGCACCGACCUGACUGCAGACUGCUGAGAGCUAUUGGACGAAGUGUUUGCCAAGGAUUUGUAGCGUUUACAAACACAGUUUGGUUUACCAAAUAAUGAUUCUGCUGCAAAAAUCUUUAGAAAACAGAUUGACUUUGAAAGGCAAAAAUUAUCUCUUUUUCUCUCUCUUCUUCUUCUUUUUUUUGGACAAAAGCAGCCACAAGAGGGCAUUGCAAAUACUGCUGCUUACUUAGGAAUUGUUUCAAUGGCCUUGAUGCUCAAUUGUUCGCUUGCACAAUGAGAACACCCAGAAUGUUAGAAGUUUCUGCAGUUGUGGUAAGAAUAGAGGGGAAGUUAAUGCACACAUGUCUUUGUCUUGAGAGAGAGAGAGAGAGAGAGAGAGAAUUAGUUUUUAAAAAACAGACGAACACACACAUAUUUUGGGGGAGAGAAGUUGACAAAGAUUGCAAAGUGCAGGGUUGCCAGAAACAGCCGCUGCUCUGAGGCAGCAGGUCUUGGGUACCGGUUUUAGGAGUGGCAGAGAGGGAGAGGAGGGUUCUCGUGCUCACGCACUGUUCAAAGAAAAGAGGGCUUGAACAGAUGCAUGUCUGGUAGACUGGAACUCAUAUUAUUGCGGGGAGGAGGUGCCUUCUGCAAUUUCCCCCUCCGGGACCAAAAUGUCUUAAGACUGGCCCUGGUCUUGCAUUUGGGAGAGAGAAUUCAGAAAACUCCUUUUUCUGGAUACCCUCCAAAUUUUAGUUAUGGUAACAUUCAGUUACAGGGCAGGGGUGUGUAUGUGGAGUUUUUGAUGUGUGUCUUUUUUUUAAAGUGGUGUUAUGAGCAUCAUCUGCUGAUUGAUUGUUCCAAGUUGAACACAGUAUCUUGUAAGUAAGGCAGCCGUCCUGCGCCCAUUUACCUAGGAGUAAUCCUGAAGUUGGUUGGGAUGGUACUAUUAGAUGCCAGGGGCAUCCUAACUGGAAGAGAGUGAAAUAUGGUUGCGAUGCUUUGAAUUGUGUCUUCAUAUGUAGCCACCUGCCUUUCUCCCAUCUAAAUUAAGCAAUGCUGUCUGGAGAGAACACCUAAUAGGAGGGCUGGGAAAAAGCACUGACAAAUUUCAAUUAAAAGUACUAAAUAUGCCAAAUGACACUACGUCACAUCAAAGAUGAAUCAACAUAUAUUCAAGGCAAAAUGAUUUGAGAGCUUUUGUAUUUAAAACAAAAACCUACGUUGAUUUUGUGUGUGUGUGGUUAAAUUAAGUACUUUGGCAAAUAUGUUUGAAUGUGUCUUAUAAAAUGAUGCCUCUUGAAUUUAUAUUUAAUUGUUAAUUUUAUCCUUGAUUGACAAAAUGUAUUAAAAAGAAUAAGCUGCAUCAGGGAAGGAGUUUUUAAAUUUACACAGUCAAUUUGUUUUACACCGUUUAAUACUAACUUUCAAUAUGGCAACUUUGUACAUGAAUAUUGCAGUAUUUUAUUUCCAUAGACUUAAAAAGGAAAAAAAAAAUACACCCAUCAAGUAACAUUUCCACCCAGGAUAAUAUAUGACACAGGCUUCCUGGGUGGGAGUGAUAUGAUUGUCAUGACAAUGUCAUGUGAUAGAAUUUCUUCAUUGACGAAUUGCUACCAAUUGUGUAUACUUUAUUUACCCAUGCUUAUGUCCUUAAGUGAAAACAGAGAGGAGUUCUUGGUCACCUCUCUCCUAAAAUCAUUGAUACUGGCAAUGUAGCUUUAGUACUUGCAGCAAAAGAUGUUGAGUGCUGAGCUGGUCCAACCCUGAGACAAGGUGCAUGUCCAACUUUGGUGGCCAAUUUGAUUCCAACUUGACCAUUAAUGGCCAUAGGGUGGGAGAUAUGUGAUUGAGAGUGCCCAGCUCCUGUUCAUUUCAGUGCAGCUUGUGGAUUGUGCCCAACUUCAGCUUUUGAAGUGGGGAGGGUACCUUUUGGAUUUUCCACCUCAAACACCAAAAUGUCUUGGGCCAACUCUGGUUGAGAAUGAACAAGAGAAACUUAUCAGAUGUAGAGAUGAAGCAGUCAGACCAAAACAUGUCAACCAUCUGCCUCACUGAUGGCACACUCUAAGCUUCUACCAUCUGUGAAGUGCCAAAUUCUAAUGGCAAAAUUUCAGGCUGCUUCCUAUGUUAUGGUUUAAAAAGUGGGCCGCCUCAGACUACAGGCCAUUGGCCCUCCCUUGGCUCCACCUUGCUCUUCAUCCCAUUCCAGCCACGUCAGCUGAGAGUGGAGUUCAGAGAGACAUGCGCAGGCAUUGGUGGGGGAAUAGGGAAGAGCUCAGUGGUUGGAAACAAAUGGGCUAGAGCUGUUGGCAGAAGCUAAGCUCGCUUCAUCUGUUACGGUGUGCUUUCCAUAUCAGUGUGCUCCAAGGAAGUAGCUACUGAUGGCCCUCCUCCCUCCCUCCCUCUGCUGCUUUUGUCUACCUGCAAGAAGGAUAGUCCAGCACAUGCAAGGAUGCAUGAUAGCCUGAGGGCGUGCAUGUGGGUCUUUUGAUUGGCUCACUAGCAGACUGUAAACUGGUAUAUCUCACUCUUGAUGCUGAUGUGAGGAGUUCAGAUGCUGCAGAGACUCUUUACGAGACGGCUCCUUUGGCUCCUUUGUCCUUACGCCAGCCUCCCCCACCUGGUGUCUUUCAGGUGUGUUGGAUUACACUUCCCAUAACCCCCACCAGCUCUAUCAUUGGGCAUGCUGUCAGGGGCUGAUGGGAGUUGUAGUCCAACACAUCUAAUAGGCAUCGGCUUAGAGGAGGCUGCUUUAAACCAUCAUGUGGGAAAGCAGACCUUUGCCAUUGGGUGUGUGCCUGCGUUCCAGUCCAGAGUGACUGGACUCACAUCUCAAUAUGCACGACAGACCAGCACAAAGCAGUCUUUUUUCUUUCGUUCUUCAGUGGCCUUCUUGAACCAAAACAACCAACCAUUGAGCACCACCAAAAGCAAGCAAGCAAGCAAGGAAGCAUGGGGUACAAGUCCCUGCAGAAAAUAUAUACUCACAGUUUGUUUUUUGCAUGGUGCAUGUUGCAUAUCUAGAGAUUCUCACUCAAAAGUUUCUUAACCUGCCUGGACCAAGGAUGGCAGAUGUGUCAGGGCUUCACAUUUUGUAGUGCAAAUCCUUUGUCAUUUGUGCUGUGAGGAGGCCACAUCUCCGCCAGUAUUUAGAUUCCGCCCAUUGGUCUCUAUGCUAUUAUAAUAGUGCUGGGCUGCUUUAAGUAUUGAGAAUUCAUCUUCAGCAACAUCUAAAACAUUCCUGUCUGGUUAUGAUUUAAUUGUGGCUGUGAUUAGUCAUCAGUACAUAUUUGAUAGCAGAGAAUUACCUUGUAUAUUGUCUGACAUCUUUCCAAGUGAACCAUCUUGCUGCCGAUACAAACUAUAGUGCAUUCUCUUUUACUUUUUAUGGUCUGUUCAUAACAACUUUUGAUGUAACAAAAUCUUGACUGUUUUUUAGACAGUGGGAAUAAAUAAUUCUUCAUUCCCCCCCCCCCCCACAUGAGUUCUUUGUGAAUGACUAUGGCUACACAAUCUCAUGUUACAUACCAAGUUGGGUUUUUUCUUUGAGAUGUGUAAUUCUUUUAUUGAGAUUUUUAUGGAUUUUGUUGUAUUUUGUUGGGUUUUUUUUCUAACAAUUGCUUUAUUAAACGUUGAAAUAUUUAAGAAAUAUGUAAUAUUUGGACCAGAUGUUGUGAAUAAUAGUAGAUAAAAGCUAUUUUAUUCUGUAUUUUUAAAAGCUGUUCAGUAUAAAUAAAAGGUGAC